CGGUAGACGACUUUAUUUCUACGGCGAAAAAUGAAAAGGUGUCCCUUCUUAUGACGACACCUUCAGUGCUGAACCUACUGGCAAGCGCAGUCGCGACUACGGGUACGAGGCUUCCUUCAUUGAGGAAGGUUGUCAGCUUAGGUGCAACUCUGCCGAAGAGCACGGCGGUGCUCGUUAUCUCGGCGUUGAAGCCUACGGAAUUCCGGAAAGUCUAUGGCCUGUCUGAGGCGAGUGGAGUGGUCUGCUGCCGCCCAGCUGGUCGGUUAUGCUUCGACAGCGUGGGCUUUCCUGUUGCCGAUACACAAGUGAAGAUCCUCGAUCCGAAGUCCCAGAGGACGAUGCUUCCGCUGGAACGUGGCGAAAUAUUGGUGCGCUCACCGAACAUCAUGACAGGUUACUACAAACACUGCGAGGCGACAGCUGCUGCUCUCGACGCUGACGGCUGGCUGCGCACAGGUGACAUGGGCUACUACGACCACUCUGGGCGGCUAUUUGUGACCGAGCGGCUGAAGAGCGUCAUGAAGUGUUUCGACACCAAAGUGGAGCCCUUCGAGGUGGAGCAAUGCGUUCUCGUGCUUGAGUGGGUGGCCGAAGUAGCCGUGCUCGGUGUUGCGCACCCGGUGCUUGGAGAGCCACCAGCCGCUAUUGUUGUCCUGCGAGGAAAAUGUAAGGCGGAGGAACAUGGCCCCAUCGCACAGCGGAUCAAAGAACACGUGGCAGAGAGAUUGGCUGUUUACAAGGGACUACACGGCGGGAUAGUUUUCGCUGAAGAGCUGCCCAAAAACAGAAGAGGCAAAGUGCUGAAGCGCCAUCUGAUGAUUGAGUUUGUAAACCUUAAGAAGGCGGGAACGUUUUAUUGAAUGCUGUCGAGGACGUACACACUUGUAUGUUCUUACGUACUUUAGUUACAAGUCUGAUGUAGUGUAACAUUGAAAUACCAUAAGUUGA